AUGCCCACCAAGCAGGAACUCAAUGACUGGAUAAGGGAUCCCCAAGGUUAUACUGGUGGAAGAUGGAAGUAUGUUGUUUUGCGACCUGGACGAACUACCUUUCUCACCUCUGCUACAAUUCACUACGCCCCCCGCCUCCCCAAGGGCCAGACAUUGAUGGCCGGUGGGCAUAUCCCCCAGUGGCCGAAUAUUGAGCGGUGGAUGGAAACCAUGAUUGCCCAAAUGAAGAAUCCAGAUACAACAAAUGAGGACAUGGAGUUGACUGCUGGGAAGUAUGUCAAGGCAGUCGCAGAUCUUAUCCAUGACCGGGACAAGAGCAUUGGCGAUUUGGACAAAGAAACAGCCAGGGAGUUCUUUGAGAAUGUCAAGGUUUUUCAGACCCUUCAUUGGGAAAGUGCUGCAAAAUCAUCACCCCAGGGAAUAAUUUGUCAAGGGAAGAGCCUAUUACUCAGGUUGGGAGGCUCUCCUUUUUUGGUCAGGGAAGGUAGGACCGACAGUAAGGUUGUAGAGUUUGACAAUUUCUCAGCUAGCUAA